UUUCACUGGACGCGCGAUCUCUUAUUCCCUCCGCCUCCCCCGAUUUCCCAUCGCGUCUCGCCUUGCUGCCGGCUGCCGCUGUCGUCGGCGGCUGCGAGAGAUUGAUGGCGAGCCGAGGGGGCGGCGCGGUGACGUCGGCGCCGCCGGGGGACUACGUCUACUUCAAGUCCGUCGUCCCGCUCCACAAGAUCUCUAUUGGAUCAAAAUUGUGGAGGUACUAUGAUUUUGGCCCCAAGACUGUGCCACCCCUUAUCUGCAUCCCAGGAAUUGCAGGGACGGCUGAUGUGUACUAUAAACAGAUCAUGGCCCUCUCUAUGAAGGGUUAUCGAGUAAUAUCCAUCGAUGUACCCCAAGUUUGGAAUCACCAGGAAUGGAUUCAUUCAUUUGAGAAGUUCUUGGACUCUAUGAAUAUCCACCAUGUUCACAUUUAUGGUACAUCUCUUGGCGGAUUUCUUGGACAAAUAUUUGCUCAGCACCGUCCAAGAAGAGUAAAGUCUUUGGUCCUGUCUAAUACAUUUCUUGAGACACACAAGUUCGCUGCUGCCAUGCCAUGGUCUCCGGUUGUUAAUUGGACCCCUUCUUUUUUGCUGAAGAGGUACCUGUUGACUGGAAUCCGUGAUGGUCCGCAUGAACCAUUUAUUGCAGACUCCGUGGAUUUUGUUGUGGGUCAGGUCGAGACAUUAUCAAGAGAAGACCUUUCCUCAAGGUUGAUGUUAAAUGUUAAUGUGGCAUCAGUUGGGUCAUUAUCACUGCCUGAUUUAUUCAUUACUAUCAUGGAUACAAACGACUAUUGUGCUGUUCCUCAGCAGUUGAAGGACCAAGUGAAUGAAAGGUACGCAAGCGCAAGGCGUGCGGUACUGAGGACUGGUGGUGAUUUUCCCUUCCUGUCACGUCCAGAUGAGGUUAAUUUGUACCUUCAGCUACAUCUGAGGCGAGUUGGAGUAGAACCAAGACCAGAUCUUGUUCAGGGCUUCACUCGUGAUGGCACCCCUGGGAGCUCAAAUGAUCACAAAGAUGGGAGCAGUUUUGAUGAUCGUCCCAGAGAUAAUGGGGACCGUGGUGGUUCAGGUCGUGACGAUCGUGAGACACAGCAUUCCGAAUCAGAAUCACAUGAAUCCGAUGAGCCAAUACCGACAAGCACACUGCUCGCGAAUACUGUUUUAGGACAUUCCAUGGAUGAUGUAGUGAAUCACACCUUUUCUCCCAAAAUAGAAGUUGUCUUAUAGAGUAUUGUCAACGUUGUGAGAAGCUCAGCAGCAUUAGAGGGCAUUGCCGAUGGGAAAGCGCACAGCAACGGAGGGAAAUCAUUUCUGUAUGUCUGUAUAAUAGUUUUUUUUGUCUUUUGUAUACAAGUUAUUUUGUGUCUGUAGACUGUAGGGCUGUAUAUUCAAUUUGAGAUGACUAUAUUCAUUCUGAUUGCUUGAUCUUCUUGAAGUAGGUCAAUAAAUUAGAUCUGCUUUGUAAUCUCUUACAGUUGUUUUAGAUUGGUUGUGUCAUCUCUGCGCCUUGCA